AUGCCGCAGACUCGCGCCGAGCGCCUCGCGCAGCGCGCCGCGGAACGCCGCGCGCGCGUCGAGCAGCAUGCUACGAAUGUUGAAAAAGUAGGAGACACGGCCGCGGCCCGCGAGCAGCAAGAGGACGACUACAAACGAGAGCUCGCGCAGAAUCGGGCGGACCGAGAAACACGAGAAAGGGCGGAGGCGGACCAGCUGCGCGCCUCCGAGGCGGACUUCCUCCAGAAGUUCGCGCCGCCGCCGGGUUUGGCAACGGCCGCGCCGUCGCUGCGGCAGCAGGCCGUGGCAAAUGCCAUAGCCAACAAGCCGGAUCCAUUUGCAGCAAGGCGGGCGCAGCAGAAGCAGGCGCGCGAGGCCUACGAGGAGCGCAAGCGCGAAUUACAAAGGAGAGUGCCGACGCCGCCGCCGCCCUCGCCAGGGCCUCCUUCAGAACCGCCGCCGUCCAGCCUCGAGGCGGCGUUCCCGCCGCGCGGCGGAGGGCUGGAAGACGCCUUCCCGCCGCGCGGCGGCGGCCUCGCCGACGCGUUCCCGCCGCGCGGCGGUAACCGAGCGGCGCCAGAGCCGCCCCGGAAUCCCUUCGAGAAACCAGUCGAUCCCCUCCGCGAUCCGGUGGGGAGACGGGCCGGCAUCGACCCGCUCCCGCAGCCGCAGGGAAAUCCCUUUGAGCGGCCCCCGGACCCGCUGCGGGACCCGCCGGGCCGCCGCGCCGGCAUCGACCCGCUCCCCCAAAUGCAGCCCACGGCGCCGGCGGGAUCGAGCACCAGGAUCGACCACCAGAUCGACCCGCUGCGCGACGCGCCGCCGCCGCGGCGCGACGAUCCUUUGAGAGACACGUGGGGCCAGGCGCCCCGCAACGACGGGCGCGAGCAGCGCGCCCAGUACGCCGCGCAGCUGCGGCAACAAAUGGCCGAGAAGAACAAUAGACGCGCGUCGACGCCCCCCGCCGCGGCGCCGGAGCCGCCACGAGGAAGGCAGCCGCCGUCCAAGGCGGACUACGCCGCCGAACUCCGCGCGCAGAUGGCGGCCGACGAGCGGCGCAGGGACGCGGACCGCCGCGACGAUGUCGGAGGUGGCUUUAUCGGAGGCGCGAAUAUGGCGAACAAUGUAAAACAAGACCGCCAGGCCGCCUACGCCGCGGAUCUGCGGGCGCAGAUGGCCGCCGACGCCCGGAGGAAGGGCGCUCAAGAGCGGCGCGACGCGUCGCCGGAGCGGCACAGCGGCAUCCUCGGGGGUGCGAAUCUAUCAAACGACGCGCGGCACGACAGGCAAACGGCCUACGCCGAAGCAUUGAAACGGGACCAGGCGCUGAAACGGGAGAUGACUCAAGAUGACGAGGAUGGCGGCGGCAUCAUUGGAGGUUCAAAUAUAUCGAAUGCGCAAAAAAACGACCGUCAAUUGCAAUACGCCGAGGCCUUGAAACGGGACCAGGCGAUCAAGGACCGGAUGGCGGCCCCGGUCGACCAGAACGACGGCAGCGGUAUUAUUGGAGGGCGGAAUCUAGACAGAAACGCGAAAGAUGCGCGGCAAAGGGCCUACGCCGACGCUCUGGCUCGAGACCAAUUGACUAAACGCGACUCGCCGAGGACACAACAACAACAAGCCAAGAGCGGCACGCCGCCGGGCUGGUACGUCGGUCCCACGGGCCAACUCGUGAGGAUCGACCCGCGCGACCACGCGGGCCGGAAUAACGCGGCCCUAGCUGUUGGUGUUCCACAAAACUACACGCCUGCCAAAAUUGACACGCUGGCCUCACCAGCCCGAGGCCUGGACCGCACGCCCCACGUGCGCCACACGGCCGGCGAGCUCCAGGGCUAUAUUGGCGAGCCCGACCGCGACCAGGGCCGAAAGCAGGCCAUGGCCGACAUGUGGAAGCGCCAGCUCGAGGCCGACGUCGCCGCGAAGAAGCGCGCCAAGGAGCUCGAAGAGGCUAAAGAGAGGGAAGAUGAACUCCGGGAGGAGCGGCGCAUCGAACGGGAGCGGGCCGAGAUGGCUCGGAAGCAUGAACGAGAACGAGCGGUGGAUGAGAAGUUGCGGCAGCAGGAGGCGGAUCGUAGACAGCACGCGGAGUUGCUCGAGCAGCGGCGCCUGCAGCGGGAGCGCGACGACGAGGAACGGAGACGGAAGGACGCCGAGGACGACGCGCGCGUCGCGCGGGAGCAGCGCGAGAUGCUGCUGAAGUACGAGGCCGAGCAGGCGCGGCGCGAGGAACCGAAGACCAUGGGUGUGGCGACGGCCGCGCAAGUCGUCACGUCGUUGCAGCGGCUGCGGUCGCCGCCGCCGCCGGAAGAACCGCCCUCGCCGCAAUUGUCGUUUGGUGCUGUCGGUCUGGCGGCGGCGGCGGCGGCGCGCGCGCACCAGACGCCGUCGCCGAAGCUGUCGUUCGGGGCCGCCGGGAUGCUCUCGGCGGCGGCGGCGCGUGCGCACAAGGAGGCGACGCCCGUCGCGCCCAAGAUGAGCUUCGGCGCCGCGGCGAUGGCGUCCGCCGCGGCGUCACGAGCACACCAGACGCCGGCCUCACCGGCCUCACCGGCCUCACCUAAACUGUCGUUUGGAGCCGUGGGCAUGGUCUCGGCGGCGGCGGCGCGGGCCCACAAAACGCCCCAGACCGCGGCGCCCGCGCCGACCGUGGCGAGCCCCGCGCCCCCGAAGGCGCCGUCGCCGGCGCCCAUCGCACGGAGGAGCCCCCUCCUCGCGCCGCCGAAGGCGCCGACACCGAUCAGAAGAAAGACGCCCAAGAAGCGGCUCAAGCUUCCAGACAAGCACACAGACUCCAUGAAAGGAUGGGUCGUGCCCGGCCGCGACGACGCGACGCUCGAGGGCCCUCCUUCUUCUCGUUGGUUGCCGGAGGCCGCGUCGCGCUUGGAACGGGCGCUCCAGGCCAGUCGCGCUGCAACGCCUGCCACGUCCCGGUUAGAUGGCCAAUCUCAGCUCGUCUUCCCUGAUGGAAGGGUUGAGGACGGGGGGACUACGUCUCCGAAGCCGGUGCGGGCUCAUACGCCACAAGCGCCCGCUUCUACUCCUGUCCCGCACUACAAGGAGGACGACGUCGACGCGGUGCUGCGACGAAAUCAAAAGCGAUUGGUGCGGGCGGAGGCGUUAACGGAGGCGACGAACGCCGCGCUCGACGCCUCUGGAUUCGAGAGAGGCGAGGCCGUCGACCGCCUUUUACAAAUCGCGAACGAGCGGCCCGCGACACCAAUGAAACGCGUCGAGGCGUCCCUGCCCUCCGACGUUCGGUGGGCUACCGUCGCGCCGUCUCCCAGAUUAGAGGCGCGCGCGUCGGCGGCUAGAGAGUCGUGGCGGUCAGCAGGGGCUGCUGCGAAAAGCGUCGCGGCGUUCGCGAGGUAA